GUUAUAGCACGAUGAUGAAAAGACGAGCUUUUUGAUUUACAGUAACAGUGAGACUUGCGGGUUCAGUUCUUUACUAGACCGUAAUUUCUAUAAAAGUGACCUUUUCGAAAGCGAUCGCGGUUUAAAGUGCAGCCGGUGCAUUUGAGCUUUUUGGGCAUCGACGAAAGACUCCGUUGUAGAUCUGACUGAUUUAAUGAUGAUGACAUCAUGGAGUGAUCGACUUCAGGACUAUGCAGACCUCCCAGCAAAUUUGGAUGGACUAGCUAUGAAGAAAUACUGGAGAGAGGCCUACCAUAGAGUGUUUGUGAACAGAAGUUUGGCCAUGGAGAAGAUAAAAUGCUUUGGCUUUGACAUGGAUUACACUUUAGCAGUUUACAAAUCACCUGAAUAUGAGUCUUUGGGAUUUGAUCUGACUGUUGAGCGGCUGUUCUCCAUUGGCUACCCACAAGAACUACUCAGCUUUGUUUAUGACCCCACUUUCCCUACAAGAGGUCUGGUGUUUGACACCAUGUAUGGCAACCUCCUGAAGGUAGAUGCUUAUGGAAACAUCCUGGUCUGUGCCCAUGGCUUUAAAUUCCUUCGUGGCCCUGACAUCCAAGAGCUCUACCCAAACAAGUUUAUCCAGCGUGAUGACACAGAGCGCUUUUACAUCCUCAACACACUAUUUAACCUUCCAGAAACAUACCUCUUAGCCUGCCUGGUUGACUUCUUCACAAACUGUGACCGAUAUUCCAGCUGUGAAACAGGCUUUAAGGAUGGAGACCUAUUCAUGUCCUUCAAGAGCAUGUUUCAGGAUGUUCGAGAUGCUGUUGACUGGGUGCAUUUUAAGGGAACGCUGAAGGAGAAAACAGUGGAAAACCCGGAGAAGUAUGUUGUGAAAGAUGCAAAGUUGCCAUUGUUGUUGAGCCGCAUGAAUGAAGUCACCAAAGUUUUCUUGGCCACCAACAGCGACUACAAAUACACUAACAAAAUAAUGACAUACUUGUUUGACCUUCCUUAUGGCCCAAAGCAUGGCACUCCACACCGUCCAUGGCAGUCCUACUUUGACCUGAUUCUAGUGGAUGCUAGGAAGCCUUUAUUCUUUGGAGAGGGAACGGUUCUAAGACAGGUGGAUAUGACCACGGGGAGACUGAAAAUAGGGACGUACACUGGACCUCUACAGCAUGGCAUUGUCUACUCUGGAGGUUCCUCUGACAUUUUGUGUGACUUGCUCGGAGCAAAAGUGAAGGAUAUUGUGUACAUUGGGGAUCAUAUUUUUGGGGAUAUCCUUAAGUCCAAGAAGCGACAGGGCUGGCGGACAUUCCUAGUGAUUCCUGAAUUGGCUCAGGAGCUGCAUGUUUGGACAGACAAGAGCUCUCUGUUUGAGGAACUGCAGGGCUUGGACAUUUUCUUGGCAGAACUAUACAAGCAUUUGGACAGCAGCAGCAAUGAGAGACCAGAUAUCAGUACAAUCCAGAGAAGAAUGAAGAAAGUAACUCAUGACAUGGACAUGUGUUACGGGAUGAUGGGCAGUCUCUUCCGUAGUGGUUCUCGGCAGACUCUGUUUGCAUCUCAGGUGAUGCGUUACGCUGACCUGUACGCUGCUUCAUUCAUCAACUUGCUCUACUACCCCUUCAGCUACCUGUUCAGAGCCGCACAUGUGCUGAUGCCCCAUGAGUCCACAGUGGAGCACAGCCACGUGGACACAGACACAGAGUCUCCUUUGGCCACACACAACCGCCACUGCAUGGACUGCAAGGACAUUGACUGCAAAAGAAACCAGCUCACACACUCCAUCAGCAAAAUCAAACUUCCCCACCUGUUCGCUCAACCACCGCAGGAAAUCACACACUGCCACGAUGAAGAUGAUGAUGAAGACGAGGAAGAGGAGUAGAUGGUGUUAGGACCCUUAUAGGGUAAAGAUCCAUAGGGAGAAAAUGACAGUGAUGACAAUAAUUAUAUUGUUUUGUGUAUGUGAGGAAUGGACAUAUGAAGUAAAUAAUGGAUAAACAAUUAAUAAUAAUUGAAAUCAUUUUUGUGAUUUUAGUAAUGAUUAGGGUGGGAUCUGAAAUUGUUUUCAAUAUGGAUAUAAUCAUCAUUGAAUCAGCUCAAAUGUGAUAGACAUCCAAUGAAAAGAGUGAAGGGACAUGGUACUUUACUGUGAGCUGAUGGAGAACCAAUACAUUUACAUGCAUCAUACUGUGACAAAAACACAAACUAAUCAAAGUUUAUUAGUAUGAGGGAAGAGUUGAUUUCAGUUGUUUGGUUCUAACACAUACUGUAAACAGCUUAUUAUAUUCAGAAUACCAUGGUCCAGUAUUUUAUUAUGGUCAUAUUAUUUUAAAAGAUGUUUAGACCUUUUUUUAUAACUUUCAGUAGCUAGUCCAUCCAGUUAGAUUAGCUUAGUUAGCUACCUCCUGCAAAGAUUGUAUCCAAUAACUGUCUCUUAGAAAAUUGUGUAUGUUGGCAGAGCAUCUGUGUCCUGAGUGUUUUAUGAAUGUGAAUGAAGCACAGAGAAACCGAAGCACACGGUUUAGUGUGACGUGUUCGAGGAAGUGUGGCCAACAAAAGAAUCCAGUAACUUUGCAACGGCAUGCAGCCAUUUUCUGUUUUCUUUUUUUUAGGGGUUUAUUAUUACCCUUUUUCAUCUAUUAUUUUUAUACAGAUAUCUUGGCUAGACGUAAUGCUACGCAGUAGCUAUUAACAGAUGCUUGUUUUACAAUUCCCACAGAAAAUGAGAAUCCCUGAACACACACAGACACAUAUGAUUUCAGUAACAGCUCCUAUUUUGGCAAAACCAGAAUAGCGCAUUUAUUUUUAUACAGUUAAUAUAAAUUGGAAGAAACAGUCUAAAGUUUUGACUUUAUCCUUAUGUGCCAUUAAAGAGAUACUGUAAAACAGUAUUUACUGGAUGUCACAAACUAUUCAAAUAUAAGUGAAAAAUGUGUGUUUAGUAGGAGAUCUUUAAAGGAGCUUAUCCAUCAAAAAUAAGAAAUUGAGAUCAGCCAAGGAAAUGUAUAGAUCAUUGUGAGGAAAAAAUCAAACGUUAAAUGGAUAGUUUACCCCAAAAUGAAAAUCCUCUCAUCUUUUACUCAUCCUCAUGCCAUCCCAGAUGUCUAUAACUUUCUUUUUUCUGCAGAACACUAAUGAAGAUUUUUAGAAUAUCUCAGCUAUGUAGGUCCAUACAAUGCAAGUGUAUGGUGGCCAAAUUUCUGAAAGUCCAAAAAGCACAUAAAGGCAGUAUAAAAGUAAAUAUAUGCUCCUGUGGUUAAAUACAGUUCUUCAGAGGUGAUAUAAUAGGUGAUGGUAAAAAAAAAAGAUCAAUAUUUAAGUCUUUUUUUUUUAUUAUUAUUAUAUAUCUCCACUUUCACUUCCAUUUUGUCGAUUUUAUAUUAAAAACAUUUGUCAAUUCACAUUCUUCAUGCAUAUUGCUACCUAUCGAUUGAGGUUGGCCAAAGGUGGAGAUUUAUAGUACAAAAUGACUUAAAUAUUAACACCUUUAUCACCUACACUGAAAUGGAAUGAGGGUGAGUAAAUGAUGAGAGAUUUUAAAUUUUUGGAGAACUAUCCAUUUAACAGCUGGGCAUUGUGAAACUGAUGUGAUAGGUUUGGUAACAGAGAAUGCUGUUGCUCUGGUGAUUGUUUCUAUGGAAAUUAAUGCAGUCCUGGCUAAUGUUUGAAAUCUGUUGAUGGUUUACUCCCAUGUGGACCAAUAUAGUGUACAGAAUUUGUUUUCUUUUUAGCUGAUAGGAUUUAGACCCUUUUUAGAUGUGUAACCGAACAGCAAGAAUGUGAAACCCAGUGCGUUUGUAAGAUAUCAAUGCCUCUGAGGAAUAAGGUGGUUCAUUAUAAGGAGGAAGAGGUUUUUAGAUCUGGGAAGUAUUCAGAGCGCAUGGCACAGGUAGAAGAUAAGGAAGAUUUGUGUGGAUUAUAUAUGCAUUACUCAAAAAAUAUUAUGUAGGAUUUGAGUGAAUUAGGCUACACAAACCAUAGUGCAACCUGUGUUACUCAUAUAAUAUGCAUAUUGUAACUGUUAUUGUUUUUAUUUUAGAGAAUGUAGUUUUUCAAUGAGAUGAAAGUCAACAGGGAAGACCAAGUAUGUAUGAAAUGUAGAUACCUACAGUGGAUAUUUUGUAUGUGUAGCCUACAGUUGAACAUAGUUAGAUAGAAACUGGACAUCUCACUAUGGGACAGCUCUUUCAAAAUAUGCUUGUUCUUGUUCCCAGUCUUAAAGACAUCACAGUAUAAAGUGAAUUGUCCAAGUUGUCCAUUACUUGGUAAAUAAGAGCUUAUCUGUGUUCACACAGCCUCAGUAGUGUGUGGGUGUGUGACUGGCUCACUGGACAUGGAUUAAAACUAUUCCUGGGCUAGUUUACACUGAUGUUGGCAAUUGUUCUUUUUAGUGUGAUUGUCUAUGUGAGGUAAACUGGCUAGUGAUUACAGAAAGAAUUAGUACGAUAGAAAAGCAUUACAUUUAAACCAUAUUCGUCCAGAAGACAUUCCUUCUCAAGGGCAGAAUGAACUGCUGAAUGAUUGUUUGGUGCUAGUUAUCAUCCCAGAUACCUCCUUAACGGGUGAAGAGCUCAACCUUUCAGUCAUUGGCACAGUAGCGUGGCACGUGCAGAUGUCUCUGUUUGAAACAAUGUUUUUGUUUUACUAUCUUUGCCAUAGUUCACAGUUAUAUCUGUUAAACCUGACAAUAAACUACUAAUACAUA